UGCACGAGAGGCUAAAGAUGAAAUCCAGGGGGAAAGCCACAGCAUAUCUUUUCCUAGUAUUCGCAGUAUUCCUUUCAUGGAGAGUUGGUCAUGGUGGCAGGAUUUUGAUUAUUCCUUUGGAAGGCAGCCACUGGGUGAAUAUGGACAUUAUGAUUCAAGCUCUCCACUCCCGUGGGCACUCUGUUGAUGUAAUAAGGACCAAUAAAAGCUGGUACAUCAAGGACGACUCUCCAUACUACAAAACCAUCACGGUUCCUGUUGCCAGAGCUUUCAAUCAUGAUUUCAUCAACCCAAUCCUUAGAAAAAUUUUUGCAUUAGAGAGAGGAGAGAGCUCUGUCAUGAGCUUCAUGAGUUUGCAGGUUGAAAUGUUUAAAGCUAUGUUCGACAUGCACGGAAUGAUGUGCAAGAUGGCCAGCACAAUGUUGGAGGAUAAAAAGUUUAUGAAUGGUUUAAAGGCAAAAAAGUAUAACCUGCUAAUGACUGAUCCUGCAUGGGGAGCUGGAAUAAUGUUAGCCCAUGCUCUUAAACUCCCUCUAGUCUAUAAUGUGAGAUGGGUUACCAGUGGGGAGGGACACUUUGCCCUUGCACCUUCUCCUUUAUCUUACAUCCCAAUGACGGGCUCAGGACUGACAGACAAAAUGACCUUUAUACAGAGAGUCAAAAAUCUCCUUUUCUACACCAUCUGGGAAGUUCAGGACACCUUUCUGAUCCGUCCCCAGUAUCAAGCCAUCUGUAAUCAAUUCUUUGGCUCAGAUGUUAGAUACAGUGACUUGUUGCGGGGAGCAGACCUGUGGCUCAUGAGAGUGGACUUUGUUUUUGAGUUCCCCCGUCCUACCAUGCCAAAUGUCAUCUACAUCGGGGGCUUUCAGUGUGAACCAGCUAAACCUCUUCCUAAGAACCUGGAGGAGUUUGUUCAGAGCUCUGGACAGCAUGGCGUCAUCAUCAUGUCUCUUGGGACUUUUGUUAGUGAGCUCCCUUUAGAUGUGACAAACAAAAUUGCUCAAGCUUUUAGUCAGUUACCUCAGAAAGUAAUCUGGAGCUAUAAAGGUAGCAAACCGGCCAGUGUGGGAAAAAACACUUUACUGGUUAACUGGAUGCCACAAAAAGACCUUUUAGGACAUCCAAAGGUGAAACUAUUUGUGGCUCACGGAGGAACAAAUGGAGUCCAAGAGGCCAUUUAUCAUGGAGUACCAGUAGUGGGUUUACCUGUGUUUUAUGACCAAUAUGACAAUCUUCUCCGACUGCAAGCCAGAGGAGCAGCUAAGAUUCUUACCCUAGCAACUGUAGACAAAGAGGACACAUUUCUGAAAACUAUCAAAGAGGUACUGUCUGAACCAUCCUACAGGAUUAACAUGCAGAGACUCUCUAGAUUGCACAAGGAUCAGCCACUGAAGCCAAUCGAUACCGCCCUCUUCUGGAUAGAAUUUGCAAUAAGACACCAAGGUGCAGCUCAUCUGAGAACCGAGUCCCACAGACUGCCUUGGUAUUCCUACUACUCUGUAGAUGUUUUCCUGUUCUUCAUACUUGUUGUUGCAGUGAUUACAUUUUCAAUGAUCACGACUUUCAGAUUGCUCUGUCUUGCAAAAUGCCUGACAGGAAAAACUAAUCAAAUGAAGAAAAAGUGACAAGCUCAGUGUUUUUUUUAAUCAUAAUUUACUUUAUUUAACUCUAGAUUUUUUUUCCUCCUAUCUGUAUUUUAUUCAUUUAAACUGACCACACGUUGACUGAAUGCUGUGUAUGAUUUAAAUCUCUUGUUUCACUUAAGUCUUUAAGGGAAGUAAGUAAUUCCUGUAAGUCAUUCUGCACUGUUACAUGUCAGGUGCAAGAUUACUCAUUUGUUUUACUCAUGCGAUAAAAACAAAGUAUGCAACAACCAGCAAUAAAUGCCUUUUGUCUUAA